AUGAAUCACCUGACUGGCCAACAGCUAUUGGAAUGAUCCUCCAUGUGUGACUUGGAAUUAUUACAAAACGUGGCAGGAUAGACCUGCCCAGCCAUCGCAGCAGAUGUUCAUUUGUAAUGCUGCCUUAAGGAAUAAGGAGAUGAGAGCAAAUUGUUCCAGCAGCUCAGCCUGCCCUGCCAACAGUUCAGAGGAGGAGUUGCCAGUGGGGCUGGAGGUCUAUGGGAACCUGGAACUUGUUUUCACAGUGGUGUCAGCCGUGAUGACCGGCCUGCUCAUGUUCUCCUUGGGAUGCUCUGUGGAGAUCCGGAGGCUCUGGUCGCACAUCAGGAGACCCUGGGGCAUUGCUGUGGGACUGCUCUGCCAGUUUGGGCUCAUGCCUCUUGCUGCCUAUCUCCUGGUCAUCAGCUUCUCUCUGAAGCCAGUCCAAGCUAUGGCUAUCCUCAUCAUGGGGUGCUGCCCAGGGGGAACCAUCUCUAACAUUUUCACCUACUGGGUUGAUGGAGAUAUGGAUCUCAGCAUCAGUAUGACAACUUGUUCCACGGUGGUUGCCCUGGGAAUGAUGCCACUCUGCCUUUAUCUCUACACCUCGUCCUGGAAUCUUGAGCAGAAUCUCACCAUUCCAUAUCAGAACAUAGGAAUUACCCUUGUGUGCCUGACCAUUCCUGUGGCCUUUGGUGUCUAUGUGAAUUAUAGGUGGCCAAAACAAUCCAAAAUUAUUCUUAAGGUUGGAGCCAUUGUUGGUGGGGUCCUCCUUUUGGUGGUUGCAGUUGCUGGUGUGGUGCUGGCGAAAGGAUCUUGGAAUUCAGAUAUCAUUCUUCUGACCAUCAGCUUCAUCUUUCCUUUGAUUGGCCAUGUCACAGGCUUUCUCCUGGCACUUCUUACCCACCAAUCUUGGCAGAGUUGCAGGACGAUUUCCUUAGAAACUGGAGCUCAGAAUAUUCAGAUGUGCAUCACCAUGCUGCACCUAUCUUUCACUGCCGAGCAAUUAGUCCAGAUGCUUAGCUUCCCAUUGGCCUAUGGACUCUUCCAGCUGUUGGAUGGGAUUCUCAUUGUUGCAGCAUAUAAGAUGUACAAGAGGACACUGAAGAUCAAACACAGAAUAAAGAACCCCGCUUUAAGGGUAGAAGCCCGCUUUAAGAAGAAAUCCACUUCUCCCAAAGAGACCAGUGCUUUCUUGGAGGUGAAUGAAGAAGGUGCUCUAACUCCUGGGCCAUCAGGGCCCAUGGAUCUCCACAGGGCUGUCAUGCCAACUGGCCAGAUCUCAUGUGCCAAGUAGGGGUUUGCUGGCUUGACUGGUCCCUGUCUUCCUCAGUGGCCAGUAAAGACAGUGCAGAGCUGAUGAGUGAAUCUCGUUGGCAGGGCUUAUGGGAAUGUUUGCGUGUCAGAUGUCAACAUAUUUAUAUUUCUGUGUGGACUGUGAUUUGUCAUAGGAUCCCCUUUUGAGAAUAUGCUCUGCCUAUUUCAGGUUCUUUGGGGGUUUACACAACAGAUUUAUUAGCUACUUUGUGUGUUCUUGUCUUCCCAUACAGUGAAGAGUGAUCCCCAUUGUUAUGUGAAGUCAUCAAGCUGUGAAUUUUAACCUCACAAGAGUUAGAACUCUGUGUAGAGGAGAUGUCACCUCAUACUGCAGGGCAAGGACAGAGUCUGGACCCACUUGACUUCUCGACUUUGGGCAAGUCCUUUAGGGCAUUGGGGAGGAAGCAUACAGCUCUUAUAAAAAUGGGGUCUUUUCUCAAAUGAUUGUUUUUUUUAAGGGCUUGAAAAUCUUUUUAGAUUUAUAGAUGUAAUCACGAGCCUCGAGGGAACUUAAUGAACACUUGAAGUUAAUAUUUUUACUCCCUAGAGAUAGACACAAUGUAUAUUCUUCUAAUAUACAUUUAUGCAUUAUGUCAUUUUAAAAACAUUGAGGGCUUCCCUGGUGGUGCAGUGGUUGGGAGUCCGCCUGCCGAUGCAGGGGACGCGGGUUCGUGCCCCGGUCCGGGAGGAUCCCCCAUGCCGCGGAGCGGCUGGGCCUGUGGGCCUUGGCCGCUGGGCCUGUGCGUCCGGAGCUUGUGCUCCACGGCGGGAGAGGCCGCGGCAGUGAGAGGCCCGUGUACCGCAAAAAAAACCAAAAACAAACAAAAAACAAAAAACAUUGAGAUCAUUCCACAUAUACUGUUUCAUAAGUCACUUCAUGAAAUAUUGUGGAGCAUCUUUACAUGGCAGUCUAUGUUGACCUACCUCACUCCUUAGAACAGUGGCUUUACAGAAGUAUUCCAGUGCAUGAAAGGUCUAUAAUUUAUUUAACCAUCCCUUAGUCAUGGACAUUUAGAUAGCUUUCAACUUGGUGUUACGGUGCCGCUACAGACACUUGUGCCUUCAUGCAAGUGUUUCUGUAGGAUCAUUUUCUAGACUUGAAAAUGUGCAACCAGGCUGAUGGCACAUUAAAAUGUUGGGCAGUGAGCUCUCUGGCAACACUGUUCAGCAGUGCCUGAGAGUGUCUGGUUUUUCCACAGCCACACCAGUCUUAAGAAUGAUCAUUCUGCUUUGUGAAAAUACCUCAUUUAAAGUUGCAUUGUUAAAAUUAUACAAUGAAGUGAAGCAGAGUAUUUUUCAUGGAUGCUUGCUUGUUCAUGUACUUUGCCUGCUUUUUUUUUUUUUUUUUUAAAGAAAUGGCCUUUGAUUGAUUAAUUAGUUAAUUAAUUUUUUGGCUGCCUUGGGUCUUCAUUGCUGCGUGCGGGCUUUCUCUAGUUGCGGCGAGCAGGGGCUGCUCUUCCUUAUGGUGUGUGAGCUUCUCAUGGCGGUGGCUUCUCUUGUUGCAGAGCACGGGCUCUAGGGCGCAUGGGUUUCAGUAGUUGUGGCUCGUGGGCUCAGUAGUUGUGGCUCGUGGCUCUAGAGCACAGGCUCAGUAGUUGUGGCACAUGGGCUUAGUUGCUCCAUGGCAUGUGGGAUCUUCCCAGACCAGGGCUCAAACCCAUGUCCCCUGCAUUGGCAGGCAGAUUCUUAACCACUGUGCUACCAGGGAAGUCCCUUUGUCUGCUUUUCUAUUGCAGUUUUUCCUUUUUAACUGAUAAAACAGACAGUGACCCUUUGUUCUAUGUUUUGUCAAUAUAUUACCUACUUGUUUGUCUUUUUAUUUUUGUAUAAUUUCUUUUGCUGUACGGAAGUUUUAUAUUUUUUAUAUAUACCACUUUAUUAGUCUUUUAAAAAAUGUUUUUUGACCUUAAUAUCUGUCAAAUGUUAGACUAUUUAUACUUUUGUGUGGAUUGUGAAUUAGAAAAGGACCCACCCCUCUUUGAGAAUGUAUUUGGCCCCUUUUCAGGGAGUUCUUUUUUGGGGUUAAUACACAUACUUACUAGCUGCUGUGUAUACUGUCAGUAGAUAAAACCCAUCCUCCUUCUCUAUUCUGACAUUAUUAAAAAUAUGUCCCAUAUAUUUCUCUAUAA